AUGUUAAAAAUUCUAGUAGCGGCGACCACAUUAUUGGCGGUCUUGGACGGAUCAAACGCGGCCCCAGCCCUUCCAGAACCCCUCAGGGUAAUGGAAUUGGACCUGAAAAAUGAGGACGAAGCCCGACCAGACAUUCAGGUAUGUUUAUUGCUAAACGCUGACCAAUUUUUUUUUGAUACUUUUUGAAGGUUUUUGCACAAUUUUUAAUUAAAAAUCACAAAAUUUUUUCUUGAAAUCAAAAUUUUUCAAGUUUUUCAAUGCCAUAGAACUUUAUUUUGUACGAUUCAAAAUAAUUUUUUAUUUUUUCAAAUUUUUAUUUUUCGUAUUUUAGCCCUACUACAUGCCGGAACUAGACGACGUUGCGAAUCUCUUAGCACGAUUGGACCAAAUCAACCAGGAGACCGAUUCAGGGCUAAAGCGAAAACGAGAUUUCCGAUUUUACGGCUCGAGGGGAAAGAAAUCAGUGCGCGAAACGAGGAGGUAAGCCUAGUACAAUAUAAAAAUUCAAUUUUUAAAUGUGAAGGAACUUAUAACUCUUAGAAAAAUUCAUGAUAUGUUGAAAAGUUGUGUUAAAUCAAUAUUUUAACUAAAAAUUCGCAUUUUUGCAAAAGUGACAUUUUAUACGAUGAAAGGUGUUUUAUGCGGUUUCUGCAUAACGCAAGGUGGAAAUUUCAAAAAAGCUUUAAAAAUUAAUUUUUCCAAGUAUAAGAAAUCCUGAUUUCUCAUUAUUUGGCAAAAGUGACGUUUUAUACGACGAAAAGUGUCCAUUCUUGUCGCUUUUUGUUUUCGUCAUGAUCUGUUUUUUGUUAAUCUUGAUGCGUUAACUCCUAAAAACAAUUUCUUUUCGUCGAACUUGUGAAUAAAUAGUCUAGACUUUAAAAAUAUUCAAGAACGAGUUGAAUAUUCAAGCGUAUUUACCUCACCUUGUUAUUGCGCAAUUAGGGACGCGUCGGAAAAGGCGUCAGACUUCCUGCUUACUCAUAAAGUCCUCUUCCAAAGUCGUCGUUAAAGUGUGUAAAUUAUGACACAACUAAAAAAUUUUUUUGUCACUACUUUUUUUAAAGCCCUCAAAAUUACAGUAUCCCUUGUUUAAUAUCAAGUAUAAUAUCGUUUCCCUUCCAGAUUCAACUACAUGCCGUCCCGAGGCUAG